AUGGAUCCCCGAUCGUUCCAAUGGAUUUCACCAUAUCCUCACCCUUCCGAGUUGAUAAGAGAACAUCAACGACCGACAGUCCUUCAACACACGCAAUUCGACCACAUCGAAACGGCGUCCAGUUCAAAUUUCUUUUCUCCUUUCACCAUUACUUCAAGUUUCCCCUUCCAAGAGCUCGAUUAUCGCCUUCAUGAUGGUUCGUCUAUGAUUCAUCCACCGAAUAUCGCUGAACCUGCCGUGGUUGAGCCACCGCCGAUGGAAGUGGCCGAAUUGCAAAAGGAUAUUCCAGAACUCAAAUCAUUCACCUUGCAAACGCCAAGGAGCGUUACUGAUCACGAUUUUUCCUUAUUCAACCCCUCUGUGUUUCAAUACCCAGUUCCGAAUGCAGAUCCUGGGCAGUUCCUGUCUAAAAAGGACAUAAAGGAUGACUACAGCAACUAUUCAACACAACCUUCGCAGAACUACUCUACAAAUCCUCCAUCUGCUCAGAUGUUACGAACGUUUACGUUCGCAAAACAAAGCGAUAAUGCUCCUGGUACGACGCAAGACUGCCAGGUGUGA